GGUGCUACGGCGGAGCCGGGCGGACCCCGGGGCGGGGGAGCGGCUCCCCCGGGUUCGGCCGCCGGCGGCCUGCCGGGCUGGGCGCUUAUCGUAGCAACCGGCGUGCGGUUCCCCGCUGUCCUCGGCACGGUGGGGUCUGUCCUCCGGAGCAGUGAAACGUUUGCUGGUGCACCAGGGAGCGGAGGCGUGGCAAUGGCAGAUUCUGCACGGUAGAGUUCAUGGCAAGUAUUUGUCUAAUAUAAGCCAAGCAAGACGCACAUACAAGCUUAAGACUGAAGACUGGAACGGCUAGAGGGAGGUGCAUAGCUGCAGCUCAAAGAAAAUGAAUGGCACACUGGAUCACCCAGACCAACCUGAUCUAGAUGCUAUCAAGAUGUUUGUGGGUCAAGUCCCACGGAGCUGGUGUGAGAAGGAUCUAAGAGAACUUUUUGAACAGUAUGGUGCUGUCUAUGAAAUCAAUGUCUUGAGGGACAGGAGCCAAAACCCUCCUCAAAGCAAAGGGUGCUGUUUUGUUACAUUUUAUACCCGUAAAGCUGCACUAGAAGCACAGAAUGCUCUUCACAACAUGAAGAUCCUCCCAGGGAUGCACCAUCCUAUCCAGAUGAAACCAGCUGACAGUGAAAAGAGUAAUGCAGUAGAAGAUAGGAAGUUGUUUAUUGGAAUGAUAUCCAAGAAGUGCAAUGAAAAUGAUAUCCGAGUGAUGUUCUCCCCCUUUGGGCAGAUUGAAGAAUGCAGGAUAUUACGGGGCCCAGAUGGCCUGAGCAGAGGUUGUGCAUUUGUGACUUUUACAACAAGAGCCAUGGCACAAACAGCAAUCAAAACAAUGCACCAAGCACAAACCAUGGAGGGCUGCUCUUCUCCCAUUGUGGUAAAAUUUGCAGACACGCAGAAGGACAAAGAGCAGAAACGAAUUGCUCAGCAACUCCAGCAACAAAUGCAACAGAUCAGUGCUGCCUCAAUAUGGGGAAACCUGGCUGGUCUCAACACACUUGGACCCCAGUACUUAGCACUUUAUUUGCAGCUCCUUCAGCAGACAGCAGCUGCUUCAUCUGGGAACCUGAACACAUUGAGCAGCCUCCACCCAAUGGGAGGACUGAAUGCGAUGCAAUUACAGAACCUGGCUGCGUUAGCAGCUGCAGCCAGUGCAGCUCAGAACACACCGAGUGGUACCGCUGCACUCACUUCCUCCAGCAGUCCCCUGAGUGUGCUCACCAGCUCAGCAGGUUCCUCACCUAGCUCCAGUAGCAGCUCCUCUGUUAAUCCAAUGGCCUCUCUUGGAGCAUUGCAGACGCUGGCAGGGGCUACAGCAGGCCUCAACGUUAGCUCUUUAGCAGGAAUGGCAGCCUUAAAUGGAGGACUUGGCAGUGGUGGUCUUUCAAAUGGGACAGGUAGCACAAUGGAAGCCCUCACACAGGCUUAUUCUGGAAUCCAGCAAUAUGCUGCUGCUGCACUGCCCACACUCUAUAACCAGAGUCUCUUAACACAGCAGAGUAUUGGUGCAGCGGGAAGUCAAAAAGAAGGUCCAGAGGGAGCCAAUCUGUUUAUCUACCAUCUUCCCCAGGAGUUUGGGGAUCAGGAUCUGCUGCAGAUGUUCAUGCCAUUUGGAAAUGUCGUCUCUGCCAAGGUGUUCAUUGACAAGCAGACCAAUCUAAGCAAGUGUUUUGGUUUUGUAAGUUACGACAAUCCUGUCUCUGCACAGGCUGCCAUUCAGUCAAUGAACGGCUUUCAGAUUGGCAUGAAGCGUCUGAAAGUACAGCUCAAGCGCUCUAAGAAUGACAGCAAGCCAUACUGAGCACCCUCCCCUCCGGGACUGGAGUGAGAAGGAUCUUCUGGUAAGUUGGAGAGGAGCGCACUUAAGUGAUUCGAAGCCCUAAGGCUGUGUUUUUACAGUCCUGGAAGCUGAUCCAUGCCUUCUAUCUGGCACAUCUUCCCUUGAAGACUCUGCUGCAGCCUCUGCUGAGAAUCCCGCUUCGGAUGGAGGACAAGUUUGUGCUUUUGUUUCCAGUGUUUUACUUUGGAGUUUAGGUGCCAUAUCGCUGAGGUUUUUUUGUUUAGUUUUGUUUUUUUUUUCUCCCUUAUUUGAAGUUUGCUGUGUUUGUAACCAGUGUGUGUUGAGAAGGACCAAUGCCAGCUCCUUGUGGAUGGGGAGAGAAGGUUAAAGGGAGCAGCAGAAACUGACACCACACUGCCUUGGGUAGAGAGGAGAAGGGAAAGCAGAAAUAACACAGAACAGCUGAUGAAAACAAAGACAGGGAAGGAGAACAGUCUUGGGUGAAGAAGAACCGACUCCAUGUAGUCUUUGUCAUGCCCCAUCUGCUCAUGGAAAUUUCCUUAACUGUAUGCCAUGGUGAGGAUUUAGUAAAUCAUCUCUAAAGCAGGAGACAGGCUAAAAGAGUGAACAUAUUAACAAGCCAAAGGAAAACUGCAGUGUUUUUGUUUUUUUUUCUGCCGUAUAUAAAGUAGUGUUUAUAUAGCACUGUGAAUGUACACAGCACUUUAUAAGAUUGUUAGAUAAUGUCUCUGCCCAGAAAAUUUCACUGUCCCUUUACAGUGGAAUAUUAAUGAGAUGCAGUGAAUUUCUCCAUAUAUAAGAAAACGUCUCCUAUGUACUUUAUCUAGGUUUUGUGGGAAGGUAGAGACAACUUAGUCUGGAUGAAUACAUCUGAGGCUGGAAACAAACUUUUGAUCCCUGGUAACCUGCAGACAUUUUUUGACAAUUUUUCUUGUUAACAGUUGAUCCCAUUCCCCAUUUCUGUGGAAUAAUGUCCUUUUUUGCUAUGAUAGCUAUGAAUUCCUUCUCAUAAGCAUAAUGUAAGUGCUGAUUGUUUAUUGAAAUGAUAACUUCCUCUUUUGUUGAGGGGUUUUUUGUUGUUUGUUGGUUUUUUUAACAAACAAAACAAUUUGUGCAGUGACAUGGUCUAGUAAUUAGGUGUUUUUUUAUACUGCAGUUUUCCUUUAAGGUGGUGUGUACCAGUGCAGAACAGGCUAACCCAGGAGCUGUGGAACCAGAGUAUUGAGCCAUUCAUUCAAUCUUUUUCUGCCUUUUGGUACUAGCUGUUAUCUUCUCUAUUGAGGGAAAAUUGAACACACCCCUUAAGUGCACACACAUUUUUUCUGCAUAUUAGUGAAAUUGCUAGUGCCUUGCUAAGGGCCUUUUGUUAUUCACUGGUUUUAGGGGGCUCAAAGGACUUUUGACACUCUGGCCUGAGCUAUUGUAAGAAAUCCAUGUAGAAUUCCAUUUCAUAACCAUCAAAAUCCACCUCUGUCACAAGAGGAAGUUUACAAUUUCUGUGUGUCUAUAACAGAGGUUCGAUUUACCUCAUAUUUUCUUCUUUUCCUUGUUUUCUUUGUAUUCCUGAUUUGUGAGGCUGUUUCCCAGGGCACCAGCUAACACUGCAAUCUGGAAGCCAGCUGCUAGAUGAUGAGUGCCUGGGUCAGAGGUGGGGUCAGAACUUUGUGUUCUGCUCCACCAGGAGGAGCAGUAAACCCAUCAAAACUGAGAUCACAGUCAGAAUCCCCACUUGUGUGCAGUGUUCUGUUGGGAAUGUCAGGCAUUUCCAGGAACUGGGCCCCCUGUGAUCUCAAACCUCAGAAAACAAGGCCUGACCUGUAACAUCCAAGGGGGAGCCCUUUUCAGCUCUUAGAUUGAAAAUCAAACAGUUAAUGUCAGUCUGUCCAUAUUGAUGGCAGACAGAUACAUCUGUCAGUAUUAUUCAAAUAAUUUUGUGGUGGCUAAAUUUCAAAGGCCAGAUUGCCAAAUUUCCCAGUUAUGCUGGCAUGUGGUACCCUUCUAUGUUAAUUAUUUGAAUCUCUCUAGAAACGUAAACAUACACUGAAGUGAACCAUGUACACUUGAAUUCUGCACCAUGGGAAAGAUGUGUCCUGGUUUUCUGAAAAAAGAGUGUUGGAGUGUGAAGGCCUCCAGGGUGAUAAUGGGAUUUUUUUAUAUAUAUAUAAAUAAUAUACUUUUCAGAAAAAGAAAAAAAAAAAAACAGGAAAAAAAAAACAUAGUUGGGAGCAACUGCUCCAAGUGCAACCUGCUGUAACCAAGAAUGUUGUUUCUAUUUUUAUAGAAGUUUUAUACCGCUCCAGGGUGGAGAAUAUUUAUUACCUAAAUUAUUUCACUGGAAAAAAAGGCCAGGGUUUUGUAGAAUCCUGAAUGUGAUUGUUUAACACACAUAAUGAUGUGCAUGAUUGAAACUACUGAUUUUCAGUGGCCUGUUUGCAGCCCAACAACUGCUAAACAAGGAAGAUGAAUGCUGUGAACCAGUGGAGGAGAGCACUGUGCUCUGGGGUCUCUACAGUCACUCUUACCUUCUUUGUACCCUACCCCACUGUACUGUCAAAGACCUUUGUCCUGUUUUUCUUUUAACCUGAUGCUCUGGCCUCUUUACUAGUCAUUUCAGUUGCCCAUAAUUAGAUAUUUUAGCUUCUUCAUCCUAUAGUGUGUCCUCAGUACUGUUGACGGAUCAAGCUUGGCAUUGUUGCAAAUAGGUGUGACCCCUGUUGACUUCAGGAGAUUCACCAGUUUACACCGUGGCUUAGUUUGAUCAGUGACUCCUCCCAGACAUAAUCACCUUAAGUCACCUAACUUGGGCUAGCUCUUGUGCCUUACUGGCAUAACUAUAAGUAUUGCCAAAAAGAAAAGGAAAAUAAAUCUAUGCAGGUUAAAUUUUAAAAGAUGUGAUCCUCAGAUGGUUUGACUCAAUGCAGUUCAGCUCUCUUCAGUAGAGAGCUGCAUCAGUUUUCACCAGCUGAAGAUGUUGCCCUUUUUUGUGUAUUUGUUUCAGAUUUCCUUUUCUUGGUGUAUCAAUGUGUAUGUUGCCAAAGUUAAUAAAUGUAUCAAGUUUGUGACUUGGGCAGAUUUUUUUUUCUGAUAACAGAACUGAUCAGAUAAAAUCAACUUUCUAUGUCUGUUUGAUGGCUGCCACUGAUUAUGGAGAUUUAGGCUGCUCUUGCUUUUCAGUCUUAAGCCAGUUUUCUUCCUCACUCAUUGGCAGGAAAGUCUGGGAUUUUGGGUACUUGGGAUUUACAUAUUUUAUUUUAUUCUUAAUUCUUAUCAUGCUCUCAUUCAAGUGCAAAUCAAAUCAGUGUCAAAUACUUUAUUUCCUGGAUAGCAAGAUAAAAAUUGGUUGGGUUCAAAUAAACUGCAGAAGGUUGCCUGAAGUAGCCACAUAGACAAAGUAUGCUGUAUGAUCAAAACCAAAGAAUCUGCAUUUUCCACAACAAAAAGUAGGACUUCAGAUUAAAUACAAUUCCUUAUUAUGCGUGCCACCAGGAAAUAUUUAACAUAUUUUAAGUUACAAGGUGGGAUUAUCUACUUCAUAGAUUUAUUUUUUCUCAGGAGAUAUUUGAUUUUACUGCUGUAAUAAGGUGAAAGUAUUAUGAACUUAGUCUGAUACUACUUAAUGUCAGUAUUUUAGUAACUGAAAUCGUAUUUUUUUCAGUCCCCUAGAUAAUCAACAGUCCAAAAUAGGAUAGCUCUUUGUAAUUUAGUUUUUUCUUCCAUUAGUGCAAAGCUUGCAUUAUUAAAAAGUUCCUUUGAUAUAUAGUAACUAAAAUUUAAUCCUAAGCAGAAUGAGGAUUGGAAUUUUUCAAAAAUCUCUGAGUCAAAAAUGGGGAAUAGCUGUUUAUAUUUUGUUGGUGAGGUAGUUUCCUAGCUGUGGACAUUGCUAUCUGGAAAAUAGGCACCUCAGAAAAAUUUUCACUGGCAAAUACAUGUAUCAAGAAAAAGCUUUUCUGCUGAAUACUGAAAGUCACAUAGUGUGAUAAUUUUAUCAUGCAAGCUGGAUCUAACUGAACUGUUUCUUCUUGUUAAUGAUUGUGAGUUAGGGAAAAACAGCCAAACAGAAUGAAGUUGUUCCUGUUUCAUUUGUAAGUGUCUAAAUACAACUUGCAUAAAGCAAAUUUCAAAUGAAGGGUGCAACUAUGAACAUGUAAGAUGCUUUGAAAGCCUCUUGUUGUGGGCAUUUAAACCUGAGGAUGUUUUAUAUCCCUGAACAUACCUAGCACAAAAUAUGAAACACGGAAGGUAGAUUUAUCACUGUUGUGAAAAUUAAAAAAGGACAAACUGGAAUAACUUUCUCCGAGUCUUUAAGUUCUUCUCCAGCAUCUCAUGGUUCUGUUCUUGUAGGCCAGUCUUUCCGCAGGACUUUGAUGAAACUUAUUCUUUCUCCUCAGCAUUGCUAAGUGAAAUAUUUGAAAAAUCUCUGUAAAACAAACAAAUCACACAGAGCAUUUUGAUGGUACAUGCAUAGAUGUCACUUGAUUUCAUGCUGCUUCUUGUUUCUCAUGCCUCAGUUCAUGAUGAAUUUGCCUUUCUAGUUUAGUAGUGAAACCUUACACCUAUCUGCAAACUAUCUAGAGUAUUUCUAGAGAUACAGAAAAAACUGCAAGAGUUGCAUUGUACUCUGUUUGCUGGAGUUGGUUUAAACUCUAUACUAAGUCCUUUCCUUUUAUUGGAAAGCAUGAAGAGCAAAUUAAUCUCAGCAGUACUAAUAAGAGGAGUGUUGCCGGUUUAGUUGACAAUGUGCUUCUUGUUGCUUCGGAACUAGAAACAACACUUGUUACUCUCAAAUAUGCUAUAAAUGCCGUAAGAUAAUAUGCAAAUCUCACCUUGUUCUAGUCUCUAACCAGCAGCUUUGAGAUGUGCUGAAGACUAAGCCACAAACAGGAGCUAAAGGGGAAUUGGGGAGGCAGAAAAAGAAAACAAAUCACUUCCUCUCUCUUCUACCUCCCACUCUCAACCCAAAAUGUUCCUUGUCACUUGCAGAUCACAAGCUGAGGGGAGGGAACAGAGGUAUUUAUAUCACUUAAUAUAAAAAUUACUUUUUUAUAAACUCUUCAAGAAAACUUCAGGAAACACAGUUUUUCUGCUCAUCAAACUGGCAACAGUGACUGUAGAGCUUCUCAGAGCUCAGAAUCCCCUCCUCAUGAAUUCAGGGAGCUGGGGGCUGUUACAUAAAAGGUUGGGAACAGAAAAUCCCUGUGCAGGUCUAAUGGUAUGAAAAGUGCGCAGCUAGGACAAGUCUUAACUUGCAGUCAAGUCUUAAGGAAUUCUUCUCCUAUGUGUGGGCUUUUUGUCUUGUAUAAUCUUUUUUUUUCCCCCUUUUCCAAAUCACCCACCCCCAGUUUCGUGGGCUCCUAGGGAAUGAGAAGGGACUGUAGCUGAAGGAUUUGCUGGGCUACUACUGCCUAAGAACUUCACAUGUUAGAGUGCAAGGAAAAGUCUCAACCGUCAAACCACCUGUGAAUCCCUUGUGUCCUCUGUCUUGUCUGUCAUGGUCUCAGUCUCUGUGGCCAAAUGUUAGCCCUGGAGUCAUAUUUUUUUGAAUUUGUCUCCUGGGGAGGGAGCCUGCUCUGUUCUUCUCCUAAACAGAGGUAGUGGAGACACUGGGCACGGGGUAAGGUGAAUGCAUGCUAAUCGAUGUGUCACUAGGCUGUGGAAUGCUCCACAGACUGGGUGCUGAGAGGGAAAUCCAGGCCUCUGCUUCCAUUUGGUUUCUGGCAGUUUGAUGUUUACUUGGUGUCCUUCAUGUACUUUGACUUUUACUUGUCCAUCGUUGGCAUGUGCUGCCCUCCCCUGUCAACUCCCUUCCCCAGGAGAUCUCAUUGUACAGUGCCCAUUCUUGUUCUCUCUCUCUGUGUUUGGAUGUACUGCUCUGUGUAACUCAGUGGGUCUCCCUCUUUCUGGUUUGUUUUUUUUUCUAGAUUCCUGCCGUUUGUUCAUCGUUGUGCCUAAAGCAUGUCGAUGUGGCGUUCAAGUACAUCGUCCAAAUCCUUGUCUCUUCAGCUUCUCUGAUGCUUGAACUCUCACCUUUGACCUUGUGUUGACCUUUGAUGCUGAUGUGUAUUUUUAUUACGUUUGUUUCUUUCUUUUUUUUUUUUUUGUGCUGCCAAAUUGGUUUUGCUAGAAAGACUGCUGAAGGGGAAUAUUUAAACUUGCAUUUGAAUAUAAAAGAAUUUCUAUUUUUCUAGACCUUCGUAAGAUAACCACUUGAUUUUGUGAAUUUGAUUCUUUGUAAUUGUCUUCAGAGCAGCCUUGCUAGCAUACCUUGUGGAGUAUUUGUAUUUCUGUGAACAUACAGCCAAUCACUUUCUAGGCUUAGUUUUUUCUGUGUGCUUAGUUUUAAAAACACAGUUCGAAUUAAAAGUCAAUUAUAUGGUGUGACUUAAUCUUUCAGGAGACUUCCUAGUCACAUUUUGCUGAUUUGGUUUCUGUGCUUGAGGAGACAGCAUGUGUUUUUAUGAGUUCAAACUUGUGACUUGAAGAGGCAUCAACAGAAAACACUUGAACUACAUUUUCCUCUGAUUGUAGCUACAUUUUUGCCCUGGCAUUUACUGAUUUUUUUUUUAAUUAUUAUUAUUAUUAUUUUUUCCCCCGCUUCCCUGUGUGAUUAUCAGUCUGCAGUGAAAAUUUGAUCAAAGUUGAUGUUGUAUUUUGUUAAGCUCCAGCAUGCUUGGUUUUUUUGUAACUACAAUCUCCUCAGCAAAAUGUGAUGGUUUUGUUUUAAUCUUUCAAACUAAGAUAGUGCCCAGAAAUGUUUUGCAUGUUUCCUGCUGUUUUCUUCACAUCCUCGUAUAUAUCACCUUCACCUCUCUGUUUUCUAUAGUUUGUGCAAAAACUGAGCAAUUUAAUGAGUUUCAAAGGUAUCCUUUAAAUUGGUGGUUUUGGUAUGACAAAUAUCUGAUCAGAAGCCACCUGAGGGCAUCUACCUGUGCACUUAGACUGUCUGCCUGACAGAGCACCUGGACCUUGUUCCAUAUCCAGUGCAGUCAGAGGCUCUGAGGGUGCUUGGUUGCACUGUUCACGUAGUAGAAUUUUUGGUGGAAGGGCAUAGCUGGGAGCAGGAAGGUCGGGGAACUUCACAAUAUUUCUGUUUCCAAAGUUAUGUGAAGUCAAGGCUCCUUUCAAACACUUAUGAGCAUUUUGUACAAGUCAGGGCACAUUUCUGUGAAGUCCAUCCCCAGUUUAAGACCAUCAGUCAGAGCUUGGUGGCAGGAUUCUGGAAGAAUCUAGGUUAGCUCGUGAAACAAAGCAUUUUAAAUAUCCCAGAGAAAGCAUUUGUAAACCUGAUCCUACAACUGCUGGCUCUUUUCCCAAGUGACAAGCACAAUACAACAGCCUCUGAAGCUGUUACCUGAACAGGGUACCAUCCCCAGCUCUCUUCUCAAGGGCCUUAGCUGGGGAAUCUCUGCGGAGAUUUUUUAAUUUUUGUUUAGUUUUUAAUUGGGUAAUGAGCUGAGCAGUUUUGCUGGCUUGCAGGAUGAACUAGAACAGGUUACUGCUCUCUGGGUAGCAGGCUUCCCCCUGCCCUACAUACCGUCUGCACAGGUAGGAACUGGGAAGUAGCUUCUAGAUGAAGGCACCUGAAGAGUGUGUGCUGUGAUGAAGUUUCAGUCAGCAGCAGCAAGCUAGUGUAGGUAUCUUAACAGUAGAAAUAAUGUGAAAUGAAAUCCCAGGAGAAGGGUUUUUGCUGAGAAAACAAAUAGAGUUUCAUUGGAUAGAAAUCUUAAUUUUGUCCAGUGUUUGGGAUAAUGCAAAGAUGUAAAGAUUUUUUUCUACCCUACUCCCGAGUUGGCUGAGGAUACUGUAUUCUCAAUAGGUGUUGACCAGACUUGUGUAGACAGUCCUUAAUCUGCUUAUAAAACAGAGCAUGUUUGGAUAUGGUACAUAUACCUGGGAGUGAAAUGUGAGGCUGGAUGAAGAAAGGGUAGAGAUUUAUUUAUUUGGGAAGUAGGGUUGUGGGCUGGCUGCUGUUAGUCCCACAGUCUGAAUGCACAGGGCUGUGUGCCAGAGGGCACUGAUGCCCUGCAGUGUAUGGAGUAACUAUCAAUACAUUUCUGUACAUGCGCAUUUGGUUCCAUAAGGAACUUUGGGGAAACCUGUGGAAAAUUAUCUGAAGAAAACCAAAAUGCCAAAUGUUGGGUGUUUCUUUCCUUUCUUCUUUCCUUUCCUUCCUUUGGUUGUUUUAAUUGUUCUGUGGUGGUUUUAAUGGAUUUGAGACAGUGGAGCAGCAGCUGCCUUUCUGAUUUUUGGCUGCUUUUUGUGAAUAAUUUAAAAAGAAAAUUUACAUUUUGGAGACAAACCUGUGGGCUUUUUUAUUGGUACAAACAUUGUAUUUAACACUAGGGGUUUUGUACAGUUUUUUGCCUUUUCUACUAGAAAACAAUGUAAAGUGAUUCACAAUGUGACGAGAAAACAAAUUGCCACUAUGACCAAAUGUAGAGUCUGUUCUGCAGUAACAGGAUUUAAUCAACUCGAAGUCGUGGUUCAGUCGUAGAAAUGCUUUUCUUUACCUUGUUUGAGCUGUUCCUUUUCUUCUUGUUUUGAUUUGCAAAACAAAAUGUCUUUUUGUGUGAAAUUGUGUUGUACUCUGUAGAGAAUUUACUUUAAUGGUUUAAAAAGCAGAGGAGCGCAUGUUGCUUUUCUGAUCUGAUCACAGAGUUUGUGUAGUGGAUUUAAAAAUGAAAAGAUUUGUUACAAGUUUGGAACAAGCAAGUAUGUGUUAAAGGAAUUUUUCUUCCUUUUGUGUGUGUGUGUGUUUUUUUUUUCUUUUUGUCCCAAAGGGCAACUUAAAGCUGUUUUAAUUGCACAGACACACCAACAACAAGUCAUUUUGUAUAUGCCAAGUGUGGUACCUUCCUUUGUUUAUUUGCUAUUAAACUGUUUGAGAAGA